GGAGUUCAGAUCCCGAGAAAGAUACCACGCAAUUCAGUCCGAGGGAUCCAAUUACCCAUCAGCAUCAAUCUCCCUAAACAGAUCCCGGAGUCAAGGACCUGGGACCUCACAAGUUUUCAAUAUGUCAUGUCGGUCCCGCCGCAAGGGAACAAAAUGAGCACGCUCCUCCUCCUCCUCCUUUACGCGCCCCUCAUAGAAAUUUUAAAACUUUUCACCACUCACUACCAAUUCGUUCUCCGAUUAAUUCGCUGUCAGUGCCGUUCAGGCCGACAAUUGGCGCUCCAUUGCUGUGAUUUCUUCUUGUUGUGAAUCGAAUUAAGUGGGUUAGUGGAGGUUUUGUAUCUUGGCAUUAAUUGGGCAUUUGGAUUGAGUGUGCUACUUUUUCAGCGAGUGUGGGGAUUUGGAUUUCAAUUGCGUUAGCGUUUACUUCAUCUUUGACAUGCGAUUUUAAAUUGAAAUGAUUUGGGGUACACUGAGGGUAUUUUGUUGCAUAUCAAGGAAUAGGCACACUGUCAAGUUCUGCAAUAACUAGUAAUAAUUGAAGUUCGAAGACGCAACGAUGAAGAAGCUAUUCUUUUUCAGAUCACAUUCAUCUAACACUGCUAACAACAACCAACGAUCUCCACCAUCCACUGAUAAGCAAGUUUACUGGGAAAGACCACCAGAAAAGGUUAAGUCUGCUAAAAUCAAGCAUAGCUCUGAAGAUCUGAUACAUGGUUCCACUCCUUGUUUACGAAGAAGCCUCUCAUUCUCUUCUGGGACUCUUCAUGACACUGGAAAGAGCUCACUGAACAAUGGUGACCUACUGGGUUCCCCAUGUAGUACUGGUCACAAGCAUUCAGGACAUCAAUCGUACCGGUUUCGUUCUCUUACUCCUGAGAGACAAUCUCGAAAGAAGUUACUAGAUGCUUCUAUGGUUGGAAGUGGCCUGAGAGUGGAGAAGUUCGGUUCCACUGUUUCCAGAGAACAGUCUGAUUUGUCAGAGGUAUCAUCAUACUGCUCCAGUAAUGUGUCAAAUAAAGUUUUGGAUCGUUAUAUUGAUGGAGAACAGCAGGAGGAAAGGUGUGUCGUUGCAAAAGCUAAUUCCAAGAGCAAUAGUCAAUUUGAAAAGGGAAAUGCUACGUUAAACCGGCCACCAAGACUCCAUUUUCCUGCACCUGCUUCACAUGGUUCCAGGAAACAGAAACCCAAAUCUCAAUCCUUCAGAGAAACCAAAUUACCACCACCUCAGUUUUCUUCCAAUGACGGGGACGAUAACAAAUAUUGUCCAGAAUCUCCCAGAGAACUUGCAAAACAUGUGGUUGAGAGACUAUCUCAGUCACGAUUUUUGCCUAAAAUGAGGUCCAAAGAAUUGGACCAUGGUAGUCCGAUCACUAUCGAAGAUGUCUACGGGGGAUCCCUGAUCAGGCAUUCUGAUGCAUAUACUGAUGAUAUCUCCCCAAAAGAUUGUACUGGAGAUUGGCGCACUGAGACUAGUGAUGGAUCUCAUCAAGAGGAAAUUUCAGAAUACUUGCGGAAUAUGUCUUUUUUUGGCAACAAAGAAAGAGCCGAUGAAGAAAAUGGUGAUGCUGCAAUGGAUACUGAUUUGGAGCUAUUUAAAAAAUCUAAGGAAGCUGAGGUCAGGGUUUCAAUUCUCACAGAAGAACUUGGGGGAGAAAAGUUUCUUCAGUUUAGAGGCCUGAGUACGCCUGCAUUGAUCCAGACCAUCAAAAGCUUAACAGAGGAAAAGUUGAAUAUGGCGAUGGAAGUUUCUGCAGUGCUGGAGGAUAGGAUUGCUGAUAAUGCCUUGUUUAGGGAAAAGCUGAAACAUGAAAGGAAAGAACUUGAUGCACAGACCCGAAAAUUUGAGAAGGAAAGGAAUGAGAUGCAGCUACUUCUUGAAAAAGAAUUAGAUAGGAGAUCUACUGAGUGGUCAACCAAGCUGGAGAAAUACCAGACCGAAGAACAUAGGCUUCGGGAGAGAGUAAGGGAACUGGCAGAGCAGAAUGUUUGCCUCCAAAGGGAAAUCUCUUCUUUUAGUGAAAUGGAAGAGGAUGCUAGAUCGAGAAUUACAAACUCUAAGGAGAAAUUUGAUGACUUGUCUAUUCAAUUUAAGGAAGCAAAUGAAGAGAACCGUUAUUUACAGGAGACUCUAUCUGAAGUGCAAGGCAAACUUAGAUCAGCCGAGGAAGAUCGAGAUUACAUCGAAAGGAACUAUAAGGAGAAGGUUGCAGAAUGCAAGGACUUGCACCAAUCUAUUACUAGACUUCAAAGAACCCGUAAAGAUCAAGAGAAGACAAUUGAAGGAUUACAGUCAUUUUGUGAGGAACUUGGAAAGAAAAACCUCAAGGAGAACCCUGAUUUUGAGGUAAAGCUACAAGUUGAACUCAAACGAUCGACUGCAGUGGAGCAUGGACUGAGAAAGGAGCUGGAUUCAUGCAGGGUUCAAGUGGAUACGCUUCGGUCUGAGAAUAUUUAUUUACUUGAUCGUCUGAAAAGCUGUGGCAAGGAGGGUGCAUUUUCAACUUUUAAGUUGGAUCAAGAAAUAAAUAAUCGAAUUAGCUUCUUGCAAAAUCAAACACAUCCAUUGCUUUCAGAGAGUAGCCUACUUUGCAGGAGGUUGCUUGAAUAUGCUAAAACCAAUGGUGGCUUUCAACCAAACAAGGGCCAAAUUUCUGCCUCAUGUUUUGAUGGCCACGAAGUCGUGGAAUGUGAAGUGAAGCUUCAAGGACUAGAACGGGCAGCUGAAAACUUGAAAGUUAGUUUGCAGACCAUUUCCAAUGUUUUACAGGAGAAAUCUGACCUGUUGCCUCAGGAACACAAUUCUGGAGGCAUGGAUUCUCAGAAAUCUAUCUCAAAUGAUGAUUUGAAAAAACAGCAUGAACUGAGAUCGGAGGAUAUGAUCAAGUCAGAGCUGAAAGCAGAGACCUUGUUGACCAGUUUGUUACGCGAAAAGCUAUACUCUAAGGAGCAAGACUUGGAGCAGCUGCAAGCCGAAAUUGCUGCAGCUAUCAGAUGCAAUGACAUUCUCAAAUGCAAAGUACAAAAUGCAGUAGAUGAUUGCUCAUGUCUAAACCACAAGAUGAAAGAACUUGAGCUCAAGAUGAUAAAAAAGGAUGAAACCAUCAACCAGCUUCAAUAUGAAUUACAAGACUGCAAGAAAGAAUUAAGCAUAGUGAGAGGAGUAUUGGAGAAGGUAUCAGAAGAAAGAGACAUGAUGUGGGAAGAGGUUAAGCAGCACACAGAGAAGAACAUGCUGCUGAAUGCCGAAAUCAAUAUGCUGAGGAAGAAAAUAGAAAGCCUCGACGAAGAUAUACUAGUCAAAGAAGGGCAGAUCAGCAUUUUAAAAGACAGCAUCAGCAAACCCCUGGAUCUUCUUGCCAGUCCAGAUCCAGAUAACUUCUGCUGGACAGCUACCCGAUGAUGAUGAUGAUCAAUGAUCGAUGAUUGAUGAUCAGGUAAAUCACUCACACACACUAUUAUACGGAUUUAUCAUAGGCUCAUUUGUUGGUUUGUGUCUUUUAAUCCUUUUGAGGUUGGUGAAAGCUCCUCUCGGAGCUGAGCCAGACAUCGGUGUUUUUACAGCAGUUUGUUGAUACUCUUGUGUUGAAGUAAGGUUGUCUUGGUAAUAAGAGACCUCUUGCCUUACCGUUGUUAAAUCCUUUGUUUUUCUCGUAUGAAAAUAUAACAAACAGUACAUGUUUUAUAAAGUAUGUGCGAUCAAUUUUAUUUUA